GAUGUCGUUUAGGUACCCGCGAAACCCACUAAACUCUUUUAGUUCUCUCUCGUUCCCUUGCCUCUCUCUCUCUCUCUCUCGGAUUUUCUCUUGCUUCACUGUUAAUCGAGCUUGACGAUGUCGUUGACGGAGCUAGACGACGGACUGGUGCGCAGGAUAGCCAUCGGCGCAGUCUUCUCUGAUUUCGGAGGGAAGAUACAUUCGGUGGGUUUCCAUAGGACUGAUGAUCUAUUGGUUACAUCCAGCGAAGAUGAUUCACUUCGUCUCUUCGAUAUCGCCAACGCUAAACAGCUCAAGAUUACAUACCAUAAGAAACAUGGCACCGAUCGUGUAUGCUUUACCCAUCAUCCCAGCUCUCUAAUUUGCUCUUCUCGAUACAAUUUGGAGUCCACUGGUGAAUCCUUGAGAUAUCUCUCAAUGUAUGAUAAUCGGAUCCUUCGCUACUUUAAAGGGCAUAAAGACAGGGUUGUAUCGCUUUGUAUGUCUCCCAUUAAUGAUAGCUUCAUGUCUGGUUCUCUCGACCGAAGUGUCAGACUCUGGGAUCUUCGUGUAAAUGCCUGCCAGGGAAUUCUACAUCUACGAGGUAGGCCUGCAGUUGCCUAUGACCAACAAGGCCUCGUGUUUGCAAUUGCAAUGGAAGGAGGUGCUGUUAAAUUAUUUGAUUCCCGGUGUUAUGACAAGGGUCCCUUUGACACAUUUCUGGUGGGUGGGGAUACUGCUGAGGUUAACGAUAUCAAAUUCAGUAACGAUGGAAAAUCCAUGCUCCUAACCACUACAAAUAACAAUAUCUACGUUCUUGAUGCAUAUCGUGGAGAGAAGAAAUGUGGUUUUAGUUUGGAGCCAUCACAGGGCACACCCAUAGAAGCUACCUUUACACCAGAUGGCAAGUAUGUUCUGUCAGGAUCAGGUGAUGGAACCUUACAUGCGUGGAACAUCGAGAACCCAUCUGAGGUGGCGAGGUGGGAGAACAACGUAGGAGUAGUGUCGUGUCUGAAAUGGGCACCUCGUAGAGCCAUGUUCGUUGCUGCUUCUACGGUUCUCACAUUCUGGAUCCCCAACGACGGUGAGCCACCAGCCCCCGCGGAUCCUCCUGCCGACCAACAAGCUCUUUCUCAGUGAUAAGAUAUAUUUGUUUCCAUUAUUCACACACUUGUGUAUUGUUUUAAAUGUAUUGACAAUUAGAAAAAAUGGAAGCAGUAGUAUGUUAAUCAAUCACACAAUACAAAGAUAGAGUUUAUAAAUUUGUGCUAGUGGUUACAAUUUUUCAAAUAACUAUUUACUUUUAAUUUUAUCAAAA